GGGGACAAAGGUCUCUUCUCUGCUGGCACCCCAGCACUUCCCCUAGGUACGCGCACCUUGUGCUCAGCUCUGCAGGGAAGGUCCCCCUGCCUGCAGCCAACACCAUGGUGGAGCUCAGCAAAAAGGUCACCGGGAAGCUGGACAAGACCACGCCGGGCAUCCAGAUAUGGAGAAUUGAGAACAUGGAGAUGGUGCCGGUGCCCACUAAAAGCUAUGGCAACUUCUACGAGGGGGAUUGCUACGUGCUGCUGUCGACACGUAAGACUGGGAGCGGCUACAGCUACAACAUCCACUACUGGCUGGGUAAGAACUCGAGCCAGGACGAGCAGGGGGCAGCGGCCAUCUACACCACGCAGAUGGAUGAGUACCUGGGCUCUGUGGCCGUGCAGCACCGUGAGGUCCAGGGCCAUGAGAGCGAAACAUUCCGUGCAUACUUCAAGCAGGGACUUAUCUAUAAGCAGGGUGGAGUAGCCUCAGGCAUGAAGCACGUGGAGACUAACACCUACAACGUCCAGCGUCUGCUGCAGGUGAAGGGCAAGAAGAACGUGGUGGCUGCAGAGGUGGAGAUGAGCUGGAAAAGCUUCAACCUGGGCGAUGUCUUCCUGCUGGACCUUGGCCAGCUCAUCAUCCAGUGGAACGGUCCUGAGAGCAAUCGUGCUGAGAGGCUGAGGGCGAUGACCCUGGCCAAGGACAUCCGGGACCGAGAGCGUGCGGGUCGUGCGAAGGUCGGUGUGGUGGAGGGUGAGGAUGAGGGGGCCUCACCGGAGCUGAUGCAGGCCCUGACACAUGUGCUGGGGGAGAAGAAGAACAUCAAGGCAGCCACACCUGAUGACCAAGUGCAUGAGGCGCUCAACAGUGCCCUCAAGCUCUACCAUAUCUCUGAUGCCAGUGGGAACCUGGUCAUACAAGAGAUAGCAAUUCGCCCCUUGACUCAAGACAUGCUCCAGCAUGAGGACUGCUACAUCCUUGAUCAAGCAGGUCUCAAGAUCUUUGUGUGGAAGGGCAAGAAUGCCAACAGGGAGGAGAAGCAGCAAGCAAUGAGCAGGGCCCUGGGCUUCAUCAAAGCCAAGAAUUAUCCGGCCAGCACCAGCGUAGAGACAGAAAAUGAUGGGUCUGAGUCUGCUGUCUUCAGGCAGCUCUUCCAAAAAUGGACUGUUCCCAACCAAACCAGUGGGCUGGGCAAGACCCAUACUGUGGGCAAAGUGGCCAAGGUGGAGCAGGUGAAGUUUGAUGCCACCACAAUGCACGUCAGGCCUGAAGUGGCCGCCCAGCAGAAGAUGGUGGAUGAUGGAUCUGGGGAGGCAGAGGUCUGGAGGGUGGAGAACCAGGAGCUGGUGCCCGUGGAGAAACGGUGGCUGGGCCAUUUCUAUGGCGGGGACUGCUACCUGGUGCUCUACACCUACUACGUGGGGCCCAAGGUGAACCGCAUCAUCUACAUCUGGCAGGGCCGCCAUGCCAGUGCGGAUGAGCUGGCUGCCUCUGCCUACCAAGCCGUCAUCCUGGACCAGAAGUACAACAAUGAGCCUGUGCAGGUGCGCGUCACAAUGGGUAAGGAGCCGGCCCACCUGAUGGCGAUCUUCAAGGGCAAGAUGGUGGUGUACGAGAAUGGCUCCUCACGGGCGGGCAACAAGGAGCCGGCGCCCUCCACUCGGCUCUUCCACGUGCACGGCACCAAUGAGUACAACACCAAGGCCUUCGAGGUGCCCGUCCGCGCUGCUUCUCUCAACUCCAAUGAUGUCUUUGUGCUCAAGACACCCAGCAGCUGCUACCUCUGGUAUGGGAAGGGCUGCAGUGGAGACGAGCGUGAGAUGGGCAAGAUGGUGGCUGACAUCAUCUCCAAGUCAGAGAAGCCGGUGGUGGCUGAAGGGCAGGAGCCGCCCGAGUUCUGGGUAGCUCUGGGAGGCAAGACCAGCUAUGCCAACAGCAAGAGGCUACAGGAAGAGAAUCCCUCUGUGCCCCCCCGGCUCUUUGAAUGCUCUAACAAGACAGGCAGGUUCUUGGCCACUGAGAUCGUCGACUUCACCCAGGAUGACCUGGAGGAGAGUGAUGUUUACCUGCUGGACACUUGGGACCAGAUUUUCUUCUGGAUUGGGAAAGAUGCCAAUGAGACAGAGAAGGAGGCGGCAGCAGUGACAGCACAGGAGUACCUGCGGAGCCACCCCGGCAGCCGUGACCUCGACACCCCCAUUAUUGUGGUGAAGCAGGGCUAUGAGCCCCCCACCUUCACCGGCUGGUUCAUGGCCUGGGAUCCCCUCUGCUGGAGUGACAAGAAAUCCUAUGAUGAGCUGAAAGCUGAGCUGGGGGACAACGCCAGCAUUGGGCACCUUGUGUCAGGGCUCACUUCCAAGAAUGAGGUCUUCACAGCCACCACCACACUGGUCCCUACCAAGCUGGAGACCUUCCCACUGGACGUGCUGGUGAACACUGCAGCUGAGGACCUGCCCCGGGGUGUGGAUCCCAGCAGGAAGGAGAAUCACCUCUCUGACGAGGACUUCAAGGCUGUUUUUGGUAUGACCCGCUCUGCCUUCGCCAACAUGCCCUUGUGGAAACAGCAGAACCUCAAGAAGGAGAAAGGACUCUUCUAGGAGGGGAGGAUGAGCCUGCAGCCACUACAUUAUUUUUACUUAAUAAAAUGGAUUUGGAAUGGGG